CAUCUAGAGCGCCAACGCUGCUGAGUCGACAUAGUAGCUCUGCCUGCCUGCGCUCUCUGCUCCGGAGAGACAAAUCAACUCCUCUGAGCUGUCAGAGAAACAACUCCUCCGAGCUGUCUUGGUACCAACCAAUCUCCGGCUACCUUGGUCACCUCCUCCCAGCCGUUGCCGAGCUUCGUAGAGGUCUGCUCCCCGGCAAUUGGAGGUGCUGAGGGCAUCAAGGAUUCGAGCGUGAUGCUUCUGUGCGUGCCAAGAUGACAUGUGCCCUGCUGCUGUCCUGAUAGGAAGGAUAGGAAGCCAUGAAGAUCAGCGCGCUCCUGACCUCUGCGGGCAUCAACAUUGGUCUCUGCGUGCUCUUUUGGUCGCUCUAUUCCGUUCUGAGGAAGCAGCCAACAUUUGUCAGGGUCUAUUUCGGCCGGAGAAUCGCCGAGGAGCGUAGGCUGCUCCGAGAGGCCUUUAUUUUGGAGAGGUUUGUUCCCUCCCCUAGCUGGAUCGUGCAGGCCGUCAAGUGUACCGAGGAAGAGAUCUUGGCAGCUGCUGGACUGGAUGCUGUUGCUUUCAAUAGAAUGCUUGUAUUCAGCAUACGCAUCUUUUCCCUAGCUGCCAUUCUUUGUCUCUUUGGAAUUCUUCCACUGCAUUAUUUCAGACGGAAUAUGCAUCAUCUUGAGAUACCUUCAGAACAGUUGCAUAUCUUCACAGUUAGUAAUGUGGAAGUGAAAUCAAGAUGGCUUUGGGUUCAUUGUGUAGUUCUCUACAUAAUAUCUGGAGUAGCUUGCAUUCUCCUAUACCUUGAGUAUAGGCACAUUGCUAGGCUGAGGCUCCUUCACCUUAAAUGUGCAACACCCAAUCCAGGCCAAUUUACUGUGCUUGUUCGUGGAAUACCAAAGACAACUAAAGAAUCGUGUAGUAAUGAUAUCGGUGAUUUCUUCACCAAGUAUCAUACAUCAAGUUACCUAUUCCAUAAAGUUGUUUACAAGGCUGGUAAAGUUCACAAGAUAAUGACUGGUGCCAAGAAGGCAUGUGGAAAGUUGGACCCUUCCACAGACACAACUCUAGAUCAGAGCUGCAAAGCGAUUACAUACCGGUGUUGUCUUUGUGGAGCCUCUUCGAAUUCUUUGCAGUUGUUACCCAACAACGAAGUUGUACAGAACAUAUAUAACGAGGAAUGUGCAGCUGCUGUUGUAUUUUUCAAAACUCGGUAUGGAGCACUAGUUGCAUCGGAUCUACUUCAGACAUCAAACCCUAUGGAGUGGGUUACUGAUCUAGCUCCAGAACCAAAUGAUAUGUAUUGGUCAAACAUUUGGCUUCCUUAUAAGCAGCUUUGGAUUCGGCGUAUAGCUAUGCUUCUAGGAUCUAUUGUUUUUAUGAUCUUAUUUGUGCUACCAGUGACCUUUAUACAAGGUCUAUCUCAGCUUGAUCAGUUGCAUCAGAAGCUUCCUUUCCUUAAUGGGGUGUUGAAGAAGCCAUACAUGUUCCAGCUAGUAACUGGAUACCUUCCCAGUGUCAUCCUGCUAAUAUUUCUGUACACCGUUCCCCCAAUAAUGAUGUUAUUUUCUACAUUGGAAGGGCCUAUUUCUCAUAGUGAAAGGAAGAAGAGUGCUUGCCGUAAAAUGCUGUACUUCUUGAUUUGGAAUGUUUUCUUUGUUAGUUUAGCAUCUGGUACUGUCAUAAACCAAUUGAAUUCUUCUUCAACCACGAAGGACAUCGCUGCCCGGCUCGCUAGUGUUAUACCUGGACAGACUACGUUCUUCAUCACCUAUGUUCUGACUUCAGGAUGGGCCAGUUUAUCAUCUGAACUUAUGCAACUCUUUGGUCUGAUAUGGAACUUUAUAAGGAAGUAUAUUCUGAGAAUGAAAGAAGAUACAACAUUCGUCCCCACGUUUCCGUAUCACACAGAAGUACCAAAAGUUAUGUUAUUUAUUCUAUUGGGCUUCUCAUGCUCUGUUCUGGCACCCUUGAUCUUACCUUUUCUGCUGGUGUACUUCUUCCUGGGUUAUGUUGUAUACCGCAAUCAGCUGCUCAAUGUUUACCGCAUGAGAUAUGACACUAGCGGUUUGUAUUGGCCAAUUGCACACAACACGGUGAUCUUCUCUCUCGUGCUCACCCAGAUCAUCUGCCUCGGUGUAUUUGGCCUCAAAAGAUCGCCAGUAGCUGCAGGCUUCACCAUACCUCUUAUCUUCUUUAUUCUUGUGUUCAAUCAGUAUUGUAGAACCCAAUUUCUUCCCCUGUUCAAAACGUUUCCAGCAAAGGAUUUAAUCGACAUGGACAGGGAAGACGAAAGGUCAGGAAGAAUGGAACAUAUUCACCACGGACUCCGUUCCGCGUAUCGCCAGUUCCCUGGCACUGAAGAUAUAAAGCUGGAGAAAAUCCUGACCGUCUGGAAUGACGAGGACCAAGACGAAGGUCAUAGCUCGAGUGAGCCCAGUGAAGAAGAAACUUGCUAGGACAAAGAGCCCAGAAGGGAUCUGUUUCACCCAACGCUGAAAGGAUCCCCUGUUAGCCGUCUGCAGAAUUCGGUGACAUCCAUCGCUUUCCUCUGGACUGCAGAAAGAGGCCUGUCGGUAGCGCAUUAGCGCGUCGAUUAACUAACCACUAACCUGUUCAAGCCGCUCUGUAAAUGUACAUCAGCAUAGGUCAUACAUAUAUAGUACAGCAUGCAUUAGGAAAUAUAGGUUAAGAUAAUAAUCCAAGCGAAGCAUCAUCAUGAGCGUCAUGUUAUCACAUUAUUUAUUCUUUUGUA